GAGCUGCUGGGCUGAAUGAGUGUUCACGGCCGCUCUGUGUCUACACCUUUCACGCCGCGGAACUGCGUCGCCGUGCGGGGAGGAUCUGUCGGGCGGGGGGAAGCUCACGCAAUCGCAUCGCCUGGACCCACGCUGCAGCAGGACCAUGCUCACGCGGGUGAAAUCGGCGGUGGCCAAUUUUAUGGGAGGUAUGAUGGCCGGUGGCUCCAACGGUGACCAUCCCGGUGGCUCGGAUCUGCCGCUGAAAUACCCGUACAGCAGACCGGAGUUCCUGGGACUGUCUCCGGACGAGAUAGAGUGCUCGGCGGAUCACAUUGCGAGACCGAUCCUCAUCCUGAAGGAGACCAAGCGGCUGCCGUGGUCCACCGGCUACGCAGAGGUAAUCAACGCAGGAAAGAGCACACUAAAUGAGGACCAGGCCUGCUGUGAGGUGCUGGUGGUCAAGAGGAGACCUGCAGGAAGCUCCACGCCAAACCGGACCCCCAUGGCCCGCAGGAGGUCAUCCUUGCCCAACGGAGAGGGUUUGGGCCUCCGGGAGUGCUUGGACAGCUCUGAAGACCUAACCCUGCACUACUGGGCGUUGUUCGAUGGCCACGCCGGCUCUGGGGCGGCUGUAGUGGCUUCCCGCCUUCUACAUCACCACAUCGCCCUGCACCUUCAGGAGGUGACGGAGAUCAUCUGCACACCAAACCUGCUGCCCCCAACAUGCCUCGGGGAGGAGCCUAUCAAUCACCACCUCACCCCGACAUCCCAACGCGCCCUCACCAGGGCCGCCUCGCUCCGCGGCGCUGCAGGGGCUCCGGGCUCACCCAGCACCCCGCCCACGCGCUUCUUUACUGAGAAGAAAGUUUCACACGAGAGCCUGGUGGUCGGAGCCAUCGAGAAUGCUUUCAAAGACAUGGAUGUGCAGAUAGAGAAGGAGAAGGCAGUCUACAACAUCUCAGGUGGCUGCACUGCUCUUGUGGUUGUCUACCUGCUUGGGAAGCUCUACGUUGGCAACGCUGGGGACAGCAGAGCUAUCAUUAUCCGGGCCGGGGAAGUCAUCCCCAUGUCAGCGGAGUUCACGCCGGAGUCAGAGAGACAGCGACUGCAGUUCCUGGCCUACAUGCAGCCCCACUUAUUAGGGAAUGAGUUCACACAUCUGGAAUUCCCAAGGAGAGUCCAGAGAAAGGAAGUGGGGAAGAGGAUGCUGUACCGUGACUUCACCAUGUCGGGAUGGGCGUAUAAAACCAUCGAGGAUGAUGACCUAAAGUUUCCCCUGAUCUACGGCGAAGGAAAGAAGGCUCGUGUGUUGGCGACCAUCGGGGUCACCAGAGGUCUCGGGGACCACAAUCUCAAAGUGCACGACUCGAACAUCUACAUUAAGCCCUUCCUGUCCUGCUGCCCAGAGGUCAAAGUUUAUCCUUUGGCGCAGUAUGAACACGGAGCCGAUGAUGUUCUGGUGCUGGGAACCGACGGUCUGUGGGACGUCCUCUCGAACCAGGAAGUAGCUGAAGCAGUCACCUGUUUCCUGGCAAACUGCGACCCCGACGACCAGCACAGGUACACAAUGGCAGCUCAAGACCUGGUAAUGAGAGCACGAGGGGUGCUGAAGGAUCGAGGCUGGAGGAUAUCGAAUGACAGAUUAGGCUCUGGAGAUGACAUCUCCGUCUACAUCAUUCCUCUCAUGUACGGCAACAAGCAGAACUAACCGAGCUACGAAAACUGCAACCACCACCGAAACGUAACCCUGCCUUGACUCCCAUGGUUCCCCUCUUCCCUUGUGCUCUUUUUAAAGUGCUUUAGUGUGGACCUCCUCCUCUGCUGAGGGAUCCAAGAUGUCUCCGGUCAGAAAUAGAGUUUCUGUCCAAGCUGUUUCUCCCCUUGAUCAUUCUCAAUUAGGAUGAUCUCUUUUUGUCUGAUCCUUUUUUUAUAGAAAAGAAACAUGAAAAAAGCUGUUGAAGAGUUGAACUACUGAUUUUUUUUUUUAAUCUUACAGAAGCCAUCAUGAACCUUGUUGUGGGGCAACGCCUGGGGUUGAGAGCAUAGACUCUUGUGGAUGAGAUGGUGAUGUGCAUCUCAGGAUUGCAGUUACUAACUAAUGCACAAUAUUUAUAAAUGUGAAAAUGUAAAUACUCCAAGGCGUAAGACAUUUGAUAAGUGUUUGAUCGAACACCUGUACAGUGUAAAACUAACCUGAAGACUGAUGUCCUACAUAUAAGAAUCAUACCUCCUCUGUUCCAUGUAGAGCUUAUAAAUUAGCCACGUGCAAUUUUUUUAGUCCGUCGUCUGAAGGAAAACUCCCAAGCCUUCUCUGGACAGUACGUCAGCUGGUUCUCCUGAUGCUGCAGUUGCUAUUUUUAUUCAUUUGCACACCUUGCAUCGCAAUACUGUACUUACUGUUAGAGGAGACUGAUUCCUUUGAAAGGUAAACACAUUUAUAAGAAGACACUAACAGGAGGAGUUCCAUUCAACAUUUUGAUGUCAGCUACACAUGACCCUGCUCUCACCAUAGUAUUAAAUCAUUCAGAUUUAAAAGUUACAGUGUGUAGGAUUUGGGGAGAUCGAUUUGCAGAUUGGGCAGCACAGUGGUGCAGUGGUUAGCAGUGUCGCCUCACAUCAAGAGGGUUCCUGGUAUGGACCUGGGGGGGUGUCUGUGCAGAGAUUGCAUGUUCUCCCUGUGUCAGCGUCGGUCUUCUGGGUACACUGGCUUCCUCCUCCAGUCCAAAUUGGUGACUCUAAAUUGGCCGUAGGUGAAUGGUUGUCAGUGUCUGUGUGUCAGCCCUGUGAAAGUCUGGUGACCUGUCCAGGGUGUACCCAGCCUGUCGCCCAAUGUCAGCUGGAAAAGGCUCCUGUCCCCCUGCGACCACCAACAGGAUAAGCGGUUACAGAAAAUGAAUGAAUGAAAUGAAUGAGGACUGGAAGAAAUGGAAUAUAAUAUAUAACCUGAAAAUAAGAAUCAUUGUGUUUUUGUGACCUACGAUGAGCCAUUUCUGUCUAGACUGGGAGCGGGUUCUUGUCUAUGGAGAUUGCCAUGUUGCACGGCUAUGUUUCUGCAGUAGCCAAGAACUGACAAAGACAAACACUGGCUUUAAAUUGGGCCAUUCACGUUUGUACGUCGGCCACUGUAGUUAGCGUCUCCUUGGCAAUGAGCCAAACGGCAUCAGAAAUACAGAUUUUUAACGUGCAACUGCUCUAUUCAGUGUCUUUACUGAUUUCAAUCACCUGGGGUCUUACUUAUAUGCAUUUCGUACGCACAAAACAAGACCUGAAAGAGGCGUACGCCAUUUCCCACGCAAAAGCUGUCAUCUAUGAAAACAGACUUGAUGGGAGAAACUUUGACUCACACUUACGAACAUUCUGGAGACAUGAAAUUGGUGACGCAGAUGGUAAGGUGAAAACCUGAUUGUAGAAAUUGUCAAAUAUUUUUUGGCGCACGCCAUUUUUGGCUUUUGUCUGUGCGUACAUUUCUAUAAUGGAUCAUACGCACUGUUUUAUAAAUGAGACCCCUGGUCUGUUUGUUUCGGUGAGGAAGAGACUAGGGGUGUAACGAUACAUCGAUCCACAUCGAUUCAUUGAUUAACGAUCCGAUUAUAUCGAUGCAAAAUGAAAACAUCGAUCCAUAUCGUCAUCUUAAAGAUAAACAUUUAUUUUGAAAUUCACAUGACACAUCUGUGUCAACAUUUCUGGGCAAGCGCGCCUCCACUCAAACAACAAACAGAGCUCAGAAAUAAAAUGGUCAAAUCAUAUUCAAGUUGUUUUUGUGAGUUGAUGUAAAUGAUUGUGUUAGAUGGGCAUAUGAUAUCGCGUCAUAUCGAUCGCAGGCUCCUGAAUCGAAUUAAAUCAAAAUCGUAUCGUGACAGACUUUGUGAUAUCGGCAAUCAUCGUAUCGACAUCCAAACAAAUCGAUAUAAUAUCGUAUCGUGAUGAAGCUGGUGAUUUACACCCCUAGAAGAGACCCCUGCGGAUAAUUCAACUCUCGCUAAAAACCUCCUGAACCGUGAAGAAAUCCUAAACGGCAAUUCAAGCGUUGCACGUGACAUGGAAGAAGUUUCAGCUGGUUGUAAUCUGCGGUACUCACCACUAGAUGCCACUAAAUCCUACACACUGCUCCGUAACGAAGGAAAAACAAAAAAAGUCUUGCACUAAUUCACCGUCAGCCAUCUACCUCAUAAUUUUCUUCCUGUUAUUGUAUUACUCAUAGCACAUGUUGUCAUCGUCCUCUUUGAGCGGCUGUUUGCGUGCUCCAUCAGGUGCGUCAUCGGUCGCUUCCUGUGCCAUUAUUCAGUUACGUUGUCAUGAUUUGCUCUUGUACCUGAAAGAUUUCUUAAUCUGUUUUCAGAAAAGCACUGAAGGGGAAAAAAGCCUCACAGGGAACUGAGUGUUGGGUAGCGUUGUACGAAAUAUAUAUUUUUUAUAUAUGUUAGCUGAAAACCCCUUUGUCUCACACUCAUGUUUACUUCCUGUCAGUAUCAGCUGGAUAUCGUCCCUAUUUAGGUAAACCCAUCCUGAUGAAUAGCAGGUGCCUCUAACACAUAGCAUUGCUGUUUUUAAUGUCACAUAUAAUGAAGUAUAAAUAAGACUACCACUGCAGACAACAUUUACCGUAUGUCUCUACAAUCAAUAUUGUUCCCUGAUCGAUUUUAGUUUGUCUUGUUUAGUUGUAGUUUUUAGCUUCUACUAAUUGUGCUCAAAAAUCGUAUCUUAUCUGCUGUACGAGUGGCUGAAGCUGGUGAAACAUGGAACAGAGCAACUUAAUUUAAAUGUAAAAAUGUAAAUAAUGUUUUGAGUGGAUACGUCUUUCCUUUCUUUUACUGUAAGUGAUGUACAUCUUACUGAAACAAAAGACGUAAUUUGUACUGUUUUGGAAUCCAAGAAACAGUGUAAAAUGGUUUAAACGGUCACUUUUCUGCUCUAUUAAAAAUAAUAACCUUUUUUCCA